AUGGCAGCAACUACAAAUAACACAGUGCAAGUUCAACUCCCAAAAUUGAACGGGAAAAACUAUGAUAAUUGGUCCACUCAAUUAAAGGUGUUUUUCCGUUCUCAAGACAUGUGGAGUAUAGUGGAGAAUGGCUUCACAAAUGUUACUGAGGCGGCGGCAUAUGCUGCUCUUAGUCAGGAUGCCAAAAAUACUUUAUUGGAAACACGCCGAAAAGAUCAAAAGGCGUUAUAUCAUAUUUUUCAGGCAGUGGAGGAGCCUGUAUUUAUAAAAAUAUCUAUGGCAGAAACAUCGCAUGAGGCAUGGAAAAUUUUGCGAAGUUCUUUCAAAGGUGAUGAACGUGUCAAGCAGAUACGUUUGCAAACACUACGAGGGGAAUUCGAGUCACUAUGCAUGGAUGACUCAGAAUCAAUAUCAACCUAUUUUGACCGUGUACAAUUAAUUGUCAAUCAAAUGAGAAUUAACGGUGAAAAUAUUGAAGAUGAAAAAGUUGUACAAAAGGUUAUACGAUCUCUAAAUAGUGAUUUUGAUGGUAUCGUUUCCGCUAUCGAAGAAGCACACAAUUUGUCAACCUUGUCCAUUGAAAGGUUGUUGAACUCGUUGACAUCUCAUGAGCAAAGGAUGAGACAACGAGGUAAAAGUUCCAAUUCAGAACAAGCUUUACAAACUAGAGCAAAUGUAAGCAACCGUGGUGGUUACCAUGGUGGUUGUGGACGAGGUCGUGGUAGAGGAAGAGGUAGUAAUUUCUCUUCUUAUAACAGAGAUAAAAAUGUGGAAAGCAGAUCUCCUGGAGACUCGAAAAAGACACCGUUUGUACGCCGUGAUAAAUCAAAAAUUCAGUGUCACAUGUGUGAACACUUCGGACAUUAUGCAUCUGAAUGUCGAACCAAAUUGAAAGAAAAUUACAAUGAACGAGCUAAUGUCGUUGAAGCCAAGAGAGCUUAG